UGCGGAGCGACGUGCUGACGUCACGGCCGUGCGUCAGUGUGGAGGAAUGUGCGGAAACUUCGUGUCCACUUUUUAUUUUCUGUCGACGAACUAAAAAAACUGUGAAAGCUGCAAAAAGACGCGACGGGAAGCGGAUCAAAGUCCGGAACCAGCCGCCGCGUCUGGUGUCCCCAUAACAUCUGGUGUCCCCAUAACGUCUGGUGUCCCCGUAGCGUCUGGUGUCCCCAUGGCGUCCCAGAUGUUCUCGGUGGGGAUGUUUCCUGUCGGGGUUUCUCUGGUGGACGAGGCUCAGAGCGACACGCUGCCCGCCCCCCAGCUGGUGAUGCUCGCCAACGUCGCCGCGGUGACGGCGGCCGAGGGAGCCGGCGGGGACGUUGGCGGCGCCGACGAGAAGGAGAUGAUGGAGCUGAAGACGGUCGGCUGCAACUACUCAGACAGCGAGGACGAGAACAUCAUCAGGUACAGCUAUGACAACCAGAGCCACAGGGAGUUGUGCAUCAUCGAGUACCCGGAGUCUCCGGUGGGUGGCGGCAUCGAGGCCGUGCUGGUGGGCGGCGGGGACGAGGACGAGCUGGAGGACGGGGACGGGGAGGGGGACAAGGCUGAAGACCUGUCCCGCCCCACGCCGCCCUCCCGCCCCUCCGCCGGCCCCAAGACGCCCGAGCGGAGCGUCAUAUGUAAAGUGAGCCCCGUCGCCGCGGUGGCGGUGGUGGACGGCGCCAAGAAGAAGAAGCCGUUCCACUGCAAGCCGUGCAGCUUCCAGGCGCAGAGCGAGCAGGAGUUCGUGGAGCACCUCGGCACGCACGGCGUCAGCAAGAUGAUGGUGGUGAACCGGGUGGAGGGCCGCAGCAAGACCGGCGGGGCCAAGGAGCCCGAGGCCCCGGCGUCGCGCGGCUGGGAGGCGGAGAUCGGCGGUGGCGAGGCGGCGGCCGGAGACAUCAAAGGGCUGAUCAGGUGCGAGCGGUGCGGCUACAACACCAACAGAUACGACCAUUACAUCGCUCACCUGAAGCACCACAGCAAGGAGGGCGAGGACCACAGAGUGUUUAAGUGCACGCUGUGUCCCUACACCACGGUGAGUCAGUACCACUGGAGGAAACACCUGAGGAACCAUUUCCCCAGCAAGCUGCACACCUGCAGCCAGUGCUCCUACUUCUCCGACCGCAAGAGCAACUACAUCCAGCACAUCAGGACCCACACAGGUGUUCGUCCCUUCCAGUGUAUGUACUGUGACUACUCCAGCUCCCAGAAGACUCACCUGACCCGACACAUGAGGACCCACUCAGGUGAGCGUCCCUUUAAGUGUGAGAGCUGUAACUACCUGGCGGCCAACCAGCACGAGGUGACGCGCCACGCCCGGCAGGUCCACAACGGGCCCAAACCGCUGUCCUGCCCGUACUGCGAGUACAAGACCGCCGACCGCAGCAACUUCAAGAAGCACGUGGAGCUCCACCUGAACCCUCGCCAGUUCCUCUGCCCGCUCUGCAAGUACGCCGCCUCCAAGAAGUGCAACCUGCAGUACCACAUCAAGUCUCGGCACGCCGGCUGCCCCGUCGCCAUGGACAUCUCCAAGGUCAAGCUGAGGGUGAAGAAGCCCGGAGCCGACGGCGCCGAGGACGACUCCAGAGCGAGCAAGUUCGACAACUCGUCUGACGUGGACGAGGACUUCGAGCUGGACGACGUUGACGAGGAGGACGAGAUCGUGGACUCCAGCCCCAUCAACCUGUCCAUCAAGAAGAGCGGACGGUCCGGUGGCGCCGCAGCAACGCCGCCGAGCAGCGAGGCGCCCGACAAGACUCCCGACAAGACUCCAAAGAAACCCAGCGGCACCGCACAGAAAGUCAAAGAGAAGGUGGAACCAGAGAAGAAGGUCACAACAAGGCAGAAGAAGGCCGAGAAGGUCAGCGAGACUCUUCCAGAGACGGAGACGGUGACGGUCAACACCGACAAGACGAAGAGACGCAGCAAGAAGCUGCCGGCGGAGAAAACACCACCAGUCCAGGACCAAGCAGCAACAGAGAGACCAGAGAAAGACCAAAGACCAGAAGACAGGAGUGAACCGAGCCACAAAGAGGAGAAACGGGAAGAACCGCUCAAGAACCGGCCUGAGAAGGACAAAGAACAGCAGAAGAAGGAGAACAAAAGUGUCAACAAGCAGAGAAAGUCCAAGAAGUCAGAGAAAACUCCAGAACGAGUCAAAGAAGCUGCGCAGAAACCAGACAGUCCAGAGAAAACUCCAGAACGAGUCAAAGAAGCUGCGCAGAAACCAGACAGUCCAGAGAAAACCCCCGAGCCCGUCAGAGAGUCUCAGAAGCCUGCGAAGGAGAAGGUGGUGAAGGAAAAGUCUGCGAAGAGGAAAGCAGCCGAGGCUCUGGAUCUGUCCAGUAGGUCCUCGUCCGAGACGCCCUCCAAGACGAGACGGCUGAAAGGCUCCGUGGCGGAGAAGCUGCAGGCGAAACCUGCUGCAGAAGACCCGAAGAAGACCGGUUCUGCAGCUCCGGACCGUUCCGACAGCACGACUCCUGUGAAGCAGAAGAAUACCAGGAGACCCAGCAAGAGAUCUGCCGGCCUCCAGCAGCCAGAACCAGCCAAGGACCAGGAGACUUCAGUCAGCAGUUCACCCGCUCAGCCUGCCCCGACCCCGGCCGCCUCCGACCCCCCGACAGGAAGCAGCCCCGCCCCGGAGAACGCCUCCACCGAGGAACCCGCUCCGACGGAACAGAGUCCGGAGCCGAUGGAGGUUUCAGGUGAAGACACGCCGUCUCCGGCCGAAGACCGGCCCACUCCGACGUUCCUCAAACCCACCUCGCCUCCUCUGGUGCUGCUGGCGCCGCGGAGCAAACCCGCCGCCGACCCGGAGGACGACGAGGGGAUCCACAGCAGCCACGAGGGCGGCAGCGACAUCAGCGACAGCGCCUCGGAGGGCAGCGACGACUCCGGCCUGCACGGGAACGGCGCCGGCUCGGGGAAGAUGGCCAACGACCCCGAGACGCCCACGGACGAGAUCCCCACGCCCACAGAGCUCAAGGGCCACCUGUGCAUCUUCUGCGACCGCACCUUCCCCCUGGAGGCGGAGUACCGGCGCCACCUCAACCGCCACCUCGUCAACGUCUACUACAUGGACGCCGCCAAACAGAAAUGAGACGCGGAGCAGCCGGGUCAGAACCUCGGCUGAUCCCAGAACGGACAGAAAAGUGACUUCAGCUGUCUGUAAGAUGUUUCUAUAAACUCACUGUAAUACUCAGCGCUUUGAUACAUCUAGAUAUAUAUAUCUAGACAUAGAUCU